AUGAAGAAGCAAGAGAAGGACCAUAGGAAGAGAAAGGCCCUUCGCUUUGCCAAAGGGUUCGAGAGGGCGACCACAGCGGAGCAGCUGUCGGCCAUCUUUGCUUCGUCUGCUCGCGUUGGUUCCUGCCCGAAUGUCCCAUGCCGCGUGUGUGAGUCGGCCAAGCGGCAAGCAGGAGCGAGUGCAGAUUGGCUGCAUCAAUACGUGGAGCCACGGCAGUCGUUCGGCCAGUGGUACAGCUCAGAGGCGCGGAAUCGCGUGACGCCAGAGCGGAGGACGAUCUACUUCCUUCCGUUUGGCGAGUUCGAGGACAAUGCCGCGCACAUCUUCGACAAGCUCAUCGCCUUUGCUCGGAUCUACUUCCUGGGUAUGGAGGUGGCCCUCUUGCCCACACUCGAGAUCACCUCGGCAGCGGGGAAGCUGGGCAUCGACGUGCCGCGACACUUCCUGCCGGACGACGCCUACUGCCUCCUCGCCUUCACGAUGGAGGAUCUCUACGACGGACAGCGCGACUCGUUCGUGGUGGGGCUGGCGUCGUUGGAGAGUCGCGUGGGGCUGUUCUCCUUCGCCCGCUACGAUCCGGCAUUUCGUGACAAGCUACACGAUGAGGCGGAGCACGAAAACGACGCCGAGGCAGAAAGAGCGAAGAAGAAGAGGAAAGGAACGAAGACGGAGGCCAAGAAGAAGACCGCACGCAAGGGGAAGGAGAAAGCGCCGGUUGAGGAAGAAGAGGAGGACGAACCCCAAGCAGACACUGCAGGGCAAGCGGAGGCCAACCGAAGGCUAUUGAUCGCUCGAAGCUGCAAGGUGAUGGCUCACGAGGUGUUCCACAUGUUCAACAUUGAACACUGCGUGUACUACAGCUGUUGCAUGAACGGGUCGGGGCAUGUGAGCGAAGACGACGCGCAGCCGAUGCACCUGUGCCCCGUCGACCUCCACAAGCUGUAUCAUGCACUCGGCGGCUUAGACGUGGAGGACAGCGGAGGAGAUGACCAGAGAAGCGAGCUGGGUCGAUGUCCGACUGGCGACUCUCUCCGCGCUUGA